AGUUAGCGUUCGGCUGUGUGUAGUUCACUGACCCUCGGCUACAUGGCGACAGGAGCAGAGGCAUAAAUUUACUGUUUUGACACACAAAAAAAAAAAUGUCCCGUAUUGAGCCGGACGUCACCACUCCGUUGCUCCGGGAUGAUACGUUGCUCCGGGAUGAUACGAGCAGCGAUGACUCUCAGGAUGAGGACUACAGGAGCCGGUGGAGGUCAAUCCGAGUCAUGUACUUCACCAUGUUCCUCAGCAGUGUAGGUUUCACCAUCGUCAUCACAUCUCUGUGGCCCUAUUUGGAAAAGGUGGACAGCAGCGCCGACGCCAGCUUCCUGGGCUGGAUGGUUGCCGCCUACAGUCUGGGUCAGAUGGUGGCCUCGCCUCUCUUCGGCUUGUGGUCGAACCACCGCCCGCGUCGGGAGCCACUCGUCUGCUCCAUCUUCAUCAACCUGUCGGCGAACAUCUACUACGCCUACGCCUACCUGCCAAGAACCAACAACAAGUACCACAUGCUCAUGUCCAGAGCCUUCGUGGGCUUCGGAGCCGGUAACGUAGCUGUGGUGAGGUCAUACGUUGCCGGAGCAACGUCUCUGAAGGAGAGGACCGGCGCCAUGGCCAACAUGAGCGCCUGUCAGGCUCUGGGUUUCAUCCUCGGCCCUGCUCUGCAGGCGUGUCUGUCGUUCAUCGGGGAAAACGGCGUCACGGUGAAGUUUCUGGACCUGCAGCUCAACAUGUACACCACCCCGGCUCUGCUGGCGGCGGCGUUCGGCCUCGUCAACAUCCUGCUGGUUCUGCUGGUGUUGAAAGAACAUCAGGUGGAUGAAGAAGGACGGAACGUUCGAGCUAUCAACGACACCGAAGAAGACGGAGUUGAUCUCCUUGACGGAUCUGAGGAAUCCAUCGACCAGCUCGCUGUCCUGACCUCCAACAUCUUGUUCUUCAUCGUCAUGUUCAUCUUCGCCGUGUUUGAAACAAUCGGCACGCCCUUGUCCAUGGACAUGUUCGCCUGGACGAGGAAAGAGGCUGUCCUGUACAACGGCAUCAUCAUGUGUGCCAUCGGCUUUGAGUCCAUCCUGGUGUUUCUGGCUGUGAAAGUGGCCUGCCAGAGGUUUGGGGAUCGUCCCGUGUUGCUCGCAGGCUUCUCGAUCAUAUUCUGUGGUUUCAUUAUGCUGCUUCCCUGGGGACACCAUUUCCCUAAAAUCCAGUGGGCAGAUCUUCGAAACAACUCGUUGGUCAGUCGGAUGUCUGAUGGGACGUUAGCCGCUAACAGUACUUUGGAGCCAACGGGCUGCCCUUACGAACAGACCUGGUGUCAGUAUACGCCCGCCAUCUACCUCGCUCAGUACAUCUCAUCCGACAUCCUCAUCGGAGUGGGUUACCCAGCAUGCAAUGUGAUGUCCUACACGCUGUAUUCCAAAAUUCUUGGACCAAAGCCUCAGGGCGUGUACAUGGGCUGGUUGACGACCUCGGGGAGCGGCGCGAGGACGCUGGGCCCCAUCUUUGUGUCUCACGUCUACACCCUCCUGGGACCUCGCUGGGCCUUCAGCCUCAUCUGUGGGAUGGUGGUGGGAGCCAUCGUCCUCCUCAGCUCCACCUAUCAUCGACUCAUCGCCUUCUCCAUUCGCCACGGGCGGAUCGUGACGUAGCAGCGCUUCUCACGAACGCCGGAUUAUUUAAGCAAACCUCUGCUGAGCUUACUUUGA